UCUCCCAACAGCAAUCACAGAGUUUCCCUAAUCUGUUGAAAUGUCCCACUCCCAUACAUAAAACUCAUUGCAUUAAGCUUACAAGGCAUAGAUUAACAAAGACUUUGAAAUGUGGAAAUUAUACGUGUGCCUCUUCGCGACCAUCGUUAAUAGUGGGUUGUGUGGCGAACUAGAAGAUGAAAUUCUAGUUUUGAACGAAAACAAUUUCGACCAAACCAUAUCCGGGAACGAAUACGUUUUUGUAAAAUUUUAUGCAUCGUGGUGUGUACACAGCAGGAACAUGGCUUCGGAGUACGCAAAAGCAGCAAAGGAAGCUUCCAAAUUGCAAAUGCCCAUCAAAUUUGCAGAAGUGGAAAGUAAAAACAAAGACCUGAUAAAGAGAAACAAUGUUACGCGUUAUCCCACACUGUUGCUCUUUAGACGAAAUACACCUAUUACAUACUACGGAGGCGAUAAUCGUACGUGUGAAGCAUUUAUUUCCUGGUUAAAGGACCAGGCACGGCCCGCAGUGAAACAACUGAACACUACCGAAGAAGCAGAAGCCCUUAUUGAAAAUGAAGAUGUCAUCAUCGGGUUUUUUAAAAAUCAAUCGUCUACGACAUUUAAGAAGUUUGUACAGAUUGCGGAUCAUUUUGCAACACCUACCUUCACCAUCACAGACAAUGAAGAAACUUUUACUAGAUUUAAUGCUAUGAGUUCUUCGAUUGUUGGGUUUCUGGAAGGUAACCUCGAGGGGUACUUUUUUAAAGAAGAGCUGAAUCUGGACAACAUGGAAGAGUUCGUAAAUUCGUUGAUAUAUGAGUGAAGGAUCUGUUUUCUUUUUUGAAUGAUUGAGAACUUUCUAAUUAAUGUUGUUUUAUGCUGUCACAGCUAACAGAUGGAUCUUUUCAACUCCAAUAAACCUCAAAAGGA